UCAGUUAGUACCCGACUGGCCGUCAUGUUGUGAUGACGCGUACUUUACUUUCUAAAACACCCAAUACGAACAUUCAACACUCAAUACAGUUUUUUGAGUGAUUCUGGAGGAAUUUCUGUGAAAAUGUUGGUGGUUUUGGCGUUGGCGGUAGUUGGCGCGAUCGUGGUGGCCGUUUUCUUGAUAGACACUCUCUGGAGCGUGUUGGAAUUGAUAACCUCGUUCCUCAUGCCAUACUUCAUGCCCGCGGAAGUGUUACCCUUGUCGAAGAGAUUUGGACCUUGGGCUGUGGUAACCGGCAGCACAGACGGUAUUGGCAAGCAAUACGCGCUGGAGCUGGCGCAGAGAGGCAUCAACGUGGUGCUGGUCAGCAGAAACCCUGACAAGUUGAAGAGCGUCGCUGAGGAGAUUGAAAAACUUCACAGCGUGAAGACGAAGACGAUCGUUGCGGAUUUCGCGAAGGGGCCCGAAGUGUACCAGCACAUUGAGAAUGAACUCAAAGAUAUCCCCAUAGGCAUUCUAGUGAACAAUGUCGGUAAGCAAUACGAAUACCCGAUGCCGUUAUGUGAGCUCUCCCCCGCGGUGGCGUGGGAGAUCAUCAACGUCAACGUAGGGGCUGUGACCUCCAUGACGCGUAUGGUGCUGCCUUCCAUGGUGGCCAGAGGUCGAGGGGCUGUGGUCAACGUGUCUUCAGGGUCUGAGCUGCAGCCGCUGCCGCUGAUGGCUGUAUAUGCUGCUACCAAGGUCUACGUCCGUAACUUCACGUUCGCAGUCCGCGAGGAGUACGCCCCUCAAGGGAUCCACGUGCAGCACGUCUCGCCUCUGUUCGUGUCCACGAAGAUGAACACCUUCUCGCAGAGGCUGCUGGACGGAAACCUGCUGGUUCCCGAUGCGACCACGUACACGCGCAACGCGAUUUGCACGCUCGGCAGGGUGCAAACUUCCACCGGGUACUGGCUACAUGGAAUACAGUAUUUCUUCAUAAAAUUAGCACCUGAGUGGCUGAGAAUAAAAAUUGGCGCUCACAUGAACCGAGGAUUUCGAGAAGAACAUAUGCAGAAAGUUAAAAUUAAGGCACAAUGAGUAGACAAUAUAUUAGCUAAACGCUUAGUACAAAUUUGUUCAACUAGGUUUAUUGAUU